AUGACGUACCCAUUAAUACACCCUUAUGGUGAAGAUGGAUAUAGACUUGGCAUACCUUUGAGAGAUGUAACUGAAAGCUCUUUAAAGAGGCAAAAGUUGACAAUGAGAGUAUUUGAGAUAAAGCUAUUCCAACUAAUGCACGAUCUGAAAAAAGAACAGCCGUUUGGAAAGAUAAUUGCAUGUUUAUACAUAAUUGAGUUUCAAAAAAGAGGACUGCCUCAUGCACACAUACUACUUUUCUUGCAUUCGACAUUGAAAAAUCCUUCAGCAGACCAUAUUGAUAAUAUAAUAAGCGCGAAAAUCCCAAACAUAAAUGUUGAUCCUGAUGGUUAUAAUGUCAUCAAUAAAUAUAUGAUUCAUGAACCUUGCGGAAAACUCAAUUCAAACUCUCCAUGUAUGAUGCAAGAUAUGUGCACAAAACAUUUUCCAAAAAAAUUCAAUGAUCAAAUGACCAUCGACACAGAUGGCUUUCCAGUCUACAAAAGGAGAAAUUUAGGGUCUGAAAGAACCACUGCAACAAUGGAAUCUAUUGACACUGCCAAAGAAAUAGAUGAUAUAAAAACAUAUUUGGAUUGCAGAUAUAUCUCGGCAACUAAAGCUUGUUGGAGAAUAUUCCAAUUUGACAUACAUUACAGACAUCCAGCAGUUGAAAGAUUACCAUUCCAUUUACCUGGAGAGCACACAGAGAAAACAUGGACUAGGAGAAAAAAUGGAUUGGCAAUUGGAAGAAUUUACUUCGCGCAUCCUUCGACUGGAGAACGCUUCGAUUUGAGAAUAUUGUUAAAUUCUUUCAAAGGAAGCACUUCUUAUGAAAGUAUUAGAACAAUAAAUGGGGUGACAUAUCCUAAUUUUAAAGGUGCAUGCUAUGCUUUGGGAUUGUUAGACGAUGAUAAAGAGUGGAUAGAUUGCUUGACUGAAGCUGCAAUAUGGGAAACUGGAAAAGAAUUAAGACAUCUUUUCAUCACCAUAGUCAUUCACUAUCAGGUUUCUAAUGCAUCACAACUUUGGAAAUCUAAUUAUAUUGCAUUGUCAGAAGACAUAAAUUCAUUGCAAAGGAAGAGAUUUAGAAUGAAUGAUCUUAAGUUAAUUGAACAACAAGUUGAAGCAUACACGUUGUUUGAGAUUGAAAGUAUCAUGCUGAAGAUGGGAAAAAGUUUGAAAGAUAUAGAUGGAAUGCCCCUGCCUAAUCCAUCUUUGAUAAGAGACUCGGGUAAUAGAUUGGUUAAUGAAGAGCUUGAUUAUGACCGAGAUCAAUUAAAGAUAUUGCAUGAGAAAUCAUUUGCUGCUCUAAAUCCUUGCCGAAAAUCAGCUUAUAAAGCAAUAGUACAUUCAGUAGAGAAUGAACAAGGCAAUUUAUUUUUUAUCAAUGGACAUGGUGGUACUGGUAAAACAUUUUUAUGGAAUAUGUUGACCCUGUUUCUCGCCAACAGUAGAAAACCCAACCCAUUUUUCAUCCAAGGUCUUGGUAUUUAUAGAAGAACCAUUCCAGGAUAG